GUUCUCCCUCCACAAUUCCAGCAUGUCCGAUUGCCUUCCUGAUCCCCUCACCAUGCUUCGAUAGACGAGGUCCCAUCCCAUCCCAUCCCAUACCAUUGACCACACCCAAAUCACACACCCUCCUUGCGACCAGCGCACCCUGAUUGCGCCCUCUCAUCGAAUACCACCCCCUUCCUCCCGGAUCUGCUGCAUUGAGGACAUUUUGGCGUCCGGGUCCCGGCCACCUUCGCCGUUGCGCGCAUUACGCAAUCCCCGUCCCUCGUCCCGGUGUUGCUGAGCCGUGGUAUCCACACCUACUUAUCUACUUUACCUACACCUCUCCCUCCCCAACCCCAUCGCCAGCAUGUCCUCGACCGACCAUGGCCUCAGGUCGCCGCCCCCCGUGCACAAUAUACCCUUGAACGACCUCGAGUUUGGUCUCAAUCGCCGUCCCCGCGCCGCCAGCUGGUCGGAUUGGUCCGACCCCUCAAUCCUCGCCCCUCACGUCAAGCACCACCUGGAAUACGGCCUCGACCGUCUCGAGGCCUUCUUCACCCAAGUCACCAUCUUCAUCACCCCAAGCUAUCUCCAACACUAUGUCGGUGGGAAACCGCAACCCCCCACACGGCCCCAUGCCAUCGCAGCGCUGGACGGUCUGCGCGGCUGGGCCUGUCUCCUGGUCUUCAACUUCCACUUCCUCUUCACCUACACCUGGAAAGUCUCCCUCGGCUGGGGGUUCAACAACGAGAACUUCAGCAUCCUCCAGCUCCCCAUCAUCCACCUGCUGGUCUCCGGCCAUAUCAUGGUGGCCAUCUUCUUCGUCAUCUCCGGUUACGUGCUGUCCUACAAGCCACUGAAGUUGAUCCGCAGUCGCUCCUGGGAGCAGACCUUCACCACCCUGGCCUCCUCCACCUUCCGCCGGGCCCUCCGCCUCUACAUCCCCUCGAUCGUCGGCAUCCUGCUGGUCUUCAUAGCCGUGCGCCUGGGCGUCUACACCUACUCCCAUCACGUCCUCGUGGAAGGCCACACCAUUGUGGGCACCAACGAACAACAUCCUCCCGUAAUGCGGUCUCUAUACAAACAGUACUGGGACUGGUACCUGACCAUCGUCCACCUGAUGGACCCCUUCAACUGGGGCCUCUACUACAACUACUACAACCCGCACCUGUGGACCAUCCCCGUCGAAUUCCGCAGCUCCAUUGUCCUCUUCCUCACUAUCCUCGGCACCUCCCGCCUCACCACCGCGGUGCGCCUCUCCCUCGUCAGCGGGCUGGUCUGGUUCUGCAUGCGCUGGGGCCGCUGGGACCUAGUCCUCUUCCUAUUUGGCAUGCUAAUGGCCGAACUCGACCUCAUCAACGGCACCUGGGAGCAGCCCGCCCACGAAGCCGAACGCACCAAGCCCAAGCCCGGCCCCCGCCGCUUCCUCCCCAAGCAGCAGAAUGCCCUCCGCCAGAUCUUCCCCCUCCAACUCUCCACCCACCGCCUCUGGCUCUCCCUCUUCGUUCUCGGCCUCUACUUCGGCUCCGCCCCCAACACCGGCUACAAAUGGACACCCUUCUACCGCUGGACCUGGGCAAUCACCCCAUACACCUACCCCGAACCUCACCGCUUCCCCCAGACUCUAGGCGCCGUCCUCAUCGUCGCCAGCAUCAACCACUCCAAGGACCUCCAAAAGCUCUUCACCAACCCCGUCUCCCAGUACCUCGGCAAGAUCUCCUUCGCCUUCUACAUCGUCCACGGCCCCAUCCUCCACUCCCUGGGCUACUCCCUCAUGCCCAACAUCUGGGCCGUCGUCGGCAAGCAGUCCAACUUCCAGUACUGCCUGGGAUUCUUCAUCGGCUGGCUCAUCUGUCUCCCCGUCUCCCUCUGGGCCGGCGAUAUCUUCUGGCGUGCUGUCGACAUCCCCAGCGUGAAAUUCGCCCGUUGGCUCGAGGAUAAACUCAUCGUUAAAGCGCCGAACCCUAAAUCUGAGGACCAGGCUCAGAAUUCCCAUCUGCAUUAGUUGGUCCUACCACGGAGUACUCGUAUUGGUAACACAGUUACCCCUCCACGAGUCCGUCCUCGUCACUUGUAGCAGAUAUCUAUCUAGUCUGUUGUACGAAGAAAGACAAAGAAAAAAGAAAAUUAACCCUUUUAUUUGAUCUUAGCGGGCGCUAUAAUAACCCGGUUACGACCUGGUUUGGUUCAGUUUGUUAGUUCAGUUUGGUUUUCUGGCCCUCCACCUGUCGUGUUUGGAUUUUGGAUGUGUGUUUUGUCGCUGUUUUGGUUGUAUAUAUUAUAUCUAUCUUUCUUUCAUUUCUCUUCUCGUUCUUUCUUUCUUUUCUUCCUCUUCUUGUUCUUCUUUUUCUUGUC